CAGAGCGCAGCUGGAUGUCACUGAUUUGAUUGAACUAGAGGACACCUCGCAUCAUAACAACGCAUAUAAAAUCUAAAAUCAUAUCUUAAUAAGCACAACAACCUAUUGAGUCGCGGGAUGCAUAACAAAAUUAUAGUUGUAUAAGAGACAGCUCAGAACAGAGUAGCCUAAAACAGCUGUUGUCAUCGGUUUUUAAAUUUUUUAACUAUUCGCCUUCUAUUGCUUUUGUGAAAAAUAUUUUAUCAUAGAGUUUAAUUAUAGCAAUUGCACUUAUGGACACCAUUCUGGACAAUUUCGCCCCGGAUAAACUUUUCCCCAGUGCCAACCUGUUGGACCUUGAGGAUUUGAAUGAAGGGGAUUUUCUCAACAAUGUGCACUUCUCGGAGCAGAUGGAGGACUUCUCCAACGAGCUGUUCAGCAGCUUCUUUGAUGACCACCUCCUGGCCGACAGGAACCCACUGCUGGACAUGGAGAUGGACCCACCCAACCCUGACAUCCAGCAAGAACACAGCUACUCCCUGAGUGGAGACUCUGCCCCCCAGAGCCCCUCCAUGUCCAUCAAAAUGGAUGAGGAAGCAGAGUUUGAAGGAAUGUGGUCUUUCAGCCAGGACCUGACGGCCAUCCUGGUAAAGCAGGAGCCUGAUCAACAGGCAGAGCCUUCCUCUACAGACCUCUCCAUGGGGAACUCAUGCUUCCAGCCUCUCAACCUCGCCCCACCACCUCACAGGAGCUCAUCGGGGGACACAGGCUCCAAAGAGUUGAACCUCAACCCCACACCUGCAAUCAAAGAUGAGCCCAGAGAGGUCAACCAGUUCCUCAACAUCCCUUCAGAUGAUCAGCUGCAGCUCCCCCCCACCCCUCCCAGCAGCCAUGGCAGUGACAGUGAUGGAUCCCAGAGCCCACACUCCAUGCCCCCUUCCAGCCCAGCCCGCCUACAGGCCCGCUCCUCCGCUGCCAUAUCCUCCUCACCCCUCCUUACCGCCCCACACAAGCUACAGGGCACUUCAGGACCCCUGAUGCUGACAGAGGAGGAGAAACGCACCCUGAUCGCUGAAGGUUACCCCGUACCCAACAAGCUGCCCCUCACCAAGACCGAGGAGAAGGCACUGAAGAGGGUUCGCAGGAAAAUAAAAAAUAAGAUAUCUGCCCAGGAGAGUCGCAGGAAGAAGAAGGAGUACGUGGAGUGCCUGGAGAAAAAGGUGGAGAACUACACGUCUGAGAACAGUGACCUGUGGAAGAAGGUGGAAACACUGGAGAGUGCAAACAGAACUCUACUCCAGCAGCUCCAGAAACUCCAGGCCCUGGUCACAGGAAAAGUGCCCCAAUCCUACAAAAUGGCCUCAACACAAACAGGAACAUGCCUUAUGGUGGUGGCGCUGUGCUUUUUCCUGGUGCUGGGCUCCCUUGUGCCUUGUCUGCCUGAGCUCUCCUCCCUGUCCCAUACCGUGAAGUCCUCCUCGCCCCUCCCCUCGGCUGAUGUCUACACAGCCAGCCAGGUCCGCUCCCGCAGCCUACUCUUCUACGACGAGAGCUCCUCGUUGGAGGACGGUCACGGGGGCUUCCUGAAGAUGCAGGGGGACGGCUCGGAGGGGGCGCCCCUCGAUUACACCGAGGACCGGUCGGCACGUGACAGCCACGCAGGCGAACACGAGAACACCAAGUACCUCAGCAAGGCUCACUCCGAUCCGGUGGACUACAACAGGACCGGCGCCCAGUUCCUCCAAGAAGAGCCGCAGUACCACAAAAUAGAGCCAAACCCCGAAGGAGAGGAGUACUUUUAACCUUUAGGGGUGGAGCUGCCAAAAACACACGGCUCUCCAGACUUACCCAUGUGGAUGUGUAGUGACACUAAGGCGCCCCCUAGUGUGCUAUCCCCAACCCACCUCUCCCUGCACCCCCUGACCUCCUGCAGUAGCUCCCUGGCUUUCCUGUUCCAUCCCAUUCCCUGAAGUCCCACCUGAUAGAGAGGAUGAAGAGGGUAUGUGAAGAAGAUAGAAAUGACGGGCAACUCCAAUCAAAGCUCCACAGCCACUUUUCAUCUUUGACUGCCGUGUUUGACUGGAGGCAGAAGCAGGGAGUGAGAGGGGUUUGAAUUGAGUAACUUGUUGAAACCUCUGUGUGCUAUGUGUGUCUGUCUGCACGUUCAACUGGGUGAGUGUGGUUGCAGUGCUUCUGUGCAGAUGAAGUGCUCCUCAGAUUCCAUCACACUGCUGCUUUUUCAAGGACUUCCACAAAUAUUUAGAACACAGGGGGUACUUUAGGUGAAGGGUGAUCUAUAGCGGAUCUAUAGCAAAUUGGA